UUGGGCAGAAGGGGAAGGGCGGGGCAACCUCCCAGUGAGAGCGCGAAGACUCGAAAUUGGCCGCGCAAGGAUGGGUUCGGCGCCGGCGCUUCUGGGCUCCUCAGUAUCUGAAGCGAUGGCCGCGGUGGAGGAUCUGAAAUCUCAGGAAACCCUUGACAGCGAAACCGACAGUGGACAGGGCAGCUGUGAAAUGAACUCUUCAAUACAGAUGAGCGAGAAAACUGCUGAUUCUGGUGAUGAUGGAGAGUCUGAUGAAGAAAUUUGUGUGAGUAAAAGAAUCCGAAGUAAGAAGGUGCUUUCUGACAGUGAGAGUGAAGGGGAAGAUGUUUUGCAUGUAGCGUUGGAGGCUGCGGCUGGGGAUGUGGAAAGAGUAGAGGGAAACAAUGAAUUCGCUUCUAAGAAGAUAUCGCCCUGCAUGUUCAAGGCUGCACUAGACAGUGAUGAAAGUGAUAUCGGCAACCCAUUGCACAAUGAGGACCUUGCAACAAAUCCAGAGCCUGGCUCACCUGGGCUUGCGUUUGCAACGCCAGGGGUAAAGAGCAAGAGCCGCAAAGCUGGCUGCCUGGAGCGAGUGGAUGAAGGAGAAAAGGUCCAUCGACAAAAGAGAAGAACGGAGAAAGAGAAGAAAAUGAAGGCCAUUAGACAGAUGAAGAAGAAGGAAAGGAAACAAAAACAACAGUGGGGAGAGGGAGAACAGCUCUCAACAGACUCUCACAUUCUAUGUUUCUUGGUCCUGGAGGAGGAUGAAGAGGAGCUUCCUCAUGAUGACAGUGGCUGUCUUUUGGCUGAUAAAGACCUCUUUGAGAAUGGCUUGGAGGAGGAGGAGGAGAAUUCCUACCAAGAAGAUCCAGAGUCGAUAGUGUCAAUUAAAGCAGCAAUGAAAGAGAAAAUGAAAAAACAGAAACAGCUGUUUUCAGGGAGUGAGGAUUACAAGCAUGUGCUGGAUGAAUCUGAGGGACCAUUCUUAAAGGAGCCUAAGAAGGAACGGAAGGCAGCCAAAUUAAGUAAAGAAGCCAUCAAACGACUACAUAGUGAGACACAGCGGCUUGUUCGAGAAGCCAACUUAUCUCUCCCCUAUCACCUACCAGAAGCCAAAAGUGUCCAUGAAUUCUUCAAAUGCAAACCUCGACCUGUCUUCCAUGGAAGUGCUAUGACUUUGCUCAAAUCAGCAAAAUACCAGCCCAGACCAGGUGAAGAAAGUGCUUUACCGAAGAUCCCAGGUGCUACCUGCGGCGGUAGUGGAGAAGAAACUGAAUAUCCAGCAACACAGGAACUAGAAGCAGGACUUGGCCCAGAAGCUUCAGCCCCCACAAACUCAACUGUUACCAAAUCUGUUGCUGAGGAAGAGGAGCAAUCGACAGCAGAUUAUCCUGAGCAACAUGGACAGGACUCUGGUUCCAAAGCUGAAAGCCUUACAGAGGAAACCAGUUCUGGGAAGCAAGGAAAAUCUAACCUGACCGGUUCCGAAUGCACUGAACUGAUGGCAAAUAAAGUGGCAGAAAAAGCUUUUGAACCAGAAGAGGAGCAGUCGUCUGAACUGUACAUACAACCCAAAAAAUCUGUACAGCCCCCAGCAGCAGACUCUUCAGCUCCAGGUGAAAAAUCGAAGAAGUCCAAGCUAGAUCGUCUUCGGCAGAUGGGGGUAGAUCUGACCAUAAAGCCUCAAAUCUCUUCUGGGGAUGAUUCAUUUAUUAACCUUGAUGAACCUGAGUCAAACAGAGAAUUGGAAGCGUUGAAGGAACGUUUUGUGAAGCAUGCACUUCACGCAACCAAACCAAAAGCGGAACGGAUAGUGAACUUGAGUGUUAUUCACAAAGAAGUGACAAAUGAGGGCAAAGAAGAGCUAAAGGCUGGCGUGGUACCAGUAACUCUCGUUGCAGAGAGUAUAGAAGAGACAAUCCACGCAAAGCCAGGUGAAAAAUUGCAAGUGCUGAAGGCUAAACUCCAGGCGGCCAUGAAGCUCCGUAGGACGGAGGAACGUCUCAAGCGACAAGCAUUGUUUAAAUUGGAUAAUGAGGAUAUGUUGGAGGAAGAGGAGGAGGAGGAAGAAAUGACCGAUGAGUCAGAUGAAGAAGAGGAAGAAGGCAAUCACGAGGCUGCAGAGUAUCUUCUCGAAGAGGCAGACGAGGACAACGGGGAGCUUGAAGAACAGAGCCUUGAUGAUGGCGACAAGGAGAUAGACAAAGAACCGGUGGACGAAGAGCGAGCGGCCCAAUCCGGGCUCGGUGGUGCUGUUCCUAAACUUGCCUCCACUGAAUCGACACUGCUGCUUUUCAAGGACAACUCUUCAAAAAUGGGAUAUUCUCUUCCGGGUGAGAAAGCUGAGGUGGAAGAUGCCAUGUGUAAAAGGCCUGACAAGCCAGAAGAUGAUGAUUCCUUUUCGCUGCCGAAUUUGGCGAAGGAAAACAGCCACAAUAGCAGCUUUGAGCUGAUUGGCUCCAUGAUCCCCUCCUACCAGCCCUGUAACAAGCAAGCAUCUCGCGGAGGCAGCUUCCUUUCCACUGUCAGUGGUAUCCGUUCUCCUUCUCCUGGCUUUUUCAAAACAGGCUUUAUCAGUGGUGCAUCCAAGAGUUCAGGAAAGGCAUCUGAGCCCUCUCUUCCCAUAGAGGACUCCCAAGAUCUCUACAAUGCUACUCCUGAAGAGAAAAGCCCCAUUCCAGCUGCUACCAGGUUUCAAUUCCAAUGCUCCCUAGAAGAUGACACUCAGAGUCAGCUGCUUGAUUCCGAUGGUUUCUUGAACGUUGGUCAUCCCCGGAAUAAGUACCAGUCUUCCAAAAGCCACCUUCCUUUGGCUAGCAUGGAUGAGAAUGCAAUGGAUGCCAACAUGGAUGAACUCUUAAAUCUCUGUUCUGGCCAGUUUGCCUCCCAGGACAAACAGCCUCCUAAGAGACAGAACAUGGAGGAACUGCUCAGCCUUUGCUCCGGGAAGUUCACAUCUCCGGGUUCUCCCACUCAGACCUCAUCAGCAUCUUCUCAGCUGAAAAAAGAGAGCAGCUUGGAUCCCAUGGCUGAAGUACUAGAUCUGUGCUCUGGCCCCUUCCCAGCAGACAGGGAAGGGGAAGAUGAAGAGGAGGAAGAGCUUGCAGACUUCCAGCUUCUAACAAAUGACCAUGAAUUUGACAGUGAAGACGAUGAAAAGAGCAAAAGAAAGGAGAAGGAAAAACAAGAAAGUGAACAGGAGGAAGAGGAGAGUGAAGAGGAAGAGGAGAAUGAAGAGGAAGUUGAUGAUGAAGACGAAGAGGAAGUGUUGCGACAAAGAAGAGUGAAGAAAAAAUUUAAAUUGCAGGAAUUCUUGGAGGAUGAAGCUGAGCUGUCAGGAAGUGACGUGGGAAGUGAGGAUGAAUAUGACGGCGAGGAGCUGAACGAGUACGAAGAAGAAAUCCUUGACGAGGAGCUCCCUACCCCUGUGGAACUCCAGGACCAAGUCAACAAAAUACACAUGAAAGUGAUGCUGGAUGAAGACAAGCGGCAGCUCCGCUUGUACCAGGAGAGGUACCUUGCUGAUGGAGACCUACACAGUGAUGGCCCUGGGCGAGCAAGGCGAUUCCGGUGGAAGAACAUAGAUGAUUCUUCUCUGAUGGAUAUGUUCCACCAAGAUGCUGAUGAUGAGGAAAAUGAAGAGCAUCUCGAUGAGACAGAGGCCAAGUGGAGAAAGGAACGCUUUGAGCGGGAACAGUGGCUCCGUGAACAGUCUGAGAAAGGAGAAAAGGAAGAGGAGGAUGUUGAUGAAGACAGCCAGUUCAUGAAACUAGCUAAGAAACUGACUGAAAAAUCCAUACAAAAGAAAGCACCCCCAGUAACAGCAGUCCCGGAACCAAAAUUGAUACUCAGGAAUCCAUUUGAAAGUUUACAGUCUGCCAGAAACCCACAGCUAAAGAAUGGAUCACUGCUGAAUAGGCCUAAAUCAGUCCUUCAGAAACUGUCAGCAAUGUCGGACCUCAACCCAAAUGCCCCCCGGAACUCACGUAAUUUCAUCUUCCAUACCCUUUCCCCUGAGAAGAGUGAGGACAUGAGAGAGAAGUCCAAGUCCCAGAGUAAGAAACGAGCUCCCCUUCCCACAGCAACUCCUUCUCCCAAGAGGCUUCGGAUGGAUGAUACUUCUGUUCAAGCAACCCGAAGUAUAUUCCAGUUCUUAGAGCGGUAGGAGUGGAAAUUAAUUGGGCCGCUUGGGAUUAUGUCUUGUGGUCCUCUGUGCCAUACAGACCUCUGCUGUCCAGUGGCAAAGAACUGACGACUCUUUGUGGCCCUUCUGGAACUGCUUAGUGCCUGUUGGAUAAUGUCCCUUGCAUCCUGGGGGUCUGCUCCAUCUCCAGUCCUCUGCUUCGAGGGAAAACGGUUCCUCCUAUUGGAUGCAGCUCCAGGUUGGGCAUCAAUGGAAUCAGCACUUCUGCUUAUGACAUCUCACAUUGGGGGAUACUGAACUGGUGCUGCGCUCUCAACAAGCCACUGUGGUGCCAAGUGCUGAGGGUGAAAGAUAUUGAAAGCCCGCUGUUCCUGUGGCUUUUUUCUUACCACUGUGGAGGCUGAGAAUCCCUGUGUACACGCACACACAGACAUUGUCCUCAUUUUAUAUCUUGUUCUUUCUAAAAGAACGCAGAGUUGUAGAACAAAGGUAUGUAGGGUUCUUGUGUCCCCUUGUUUGCCAUGCCCCUUUGCUGAUCUGUUCUGCAUAUGUAACAAAACUUGCAUCAUUGUAGAGGAAUAAACAAGGGAAAAGGAGGGGAAAAGGAGAGCUUUCUGGAUGGUUAUGCUUUCCUUUUCACUCCUUCGUAGCCUCAUUUGGGCUCUUUUAAAAUGUAAAAUCGAGAACUAGUGAAUGGAUCUUGUUUACAGCCAGGUCAGGCUUUUAGGCAACAUUGAUAGAUGAACAGAAUUGACACAUCAUGAUCUGGUGUUCUUUUGGAAUAUGCAGCUCUGAAUACAUUUUACAGUGAGGUCCUGCCUCGUUUUUGACAACCUCAAAAUCCGUUCCUAAACGGCUCAAGACCGUAAUCCCGGAUUGUAAAUUAAUCCUGUAAAUGCAAAUGCGUGUGUUGUAUAAAAUUUUAAAAAUGGUGUGUACGCCACCAAUAAAGAACAUAUUACUUCA